AUGGUUCAGCUUAAACAUUCUCUCCUGGCUCUUGCCUUAGCAUGCCAGCUUGUAUGGGCUAUUCCCAAGGACUCUACAGGGCCGGGGUCCAUAAUCGAACAGCGCGGAGGAGGAUUCAAUGAUCAAUAUGUUUUCGCUACCUGUCCAAACCCUCCCAAUAAAUGUUCUACAUGUGGAGGAGACAGCAAAAAGAAAGGAUUCUGUGACAAUGAGAGGGGUCGGGGGUGGUGGUCCGAUUAUAAUCGAUGCAAGCAAUGGCACAAAGAAGGCUGUGGCCUAACCUGCGAAUGCGUGUCUGAGGAGACAGGCAAGCCAGGCUCCGGUCUACCACUUAUUAUUCCAUUCCCACCCUCACCAGUAGGGUUCAUCGCCCCUCCCGCCGCAGUUCCAAAUCCGAAGAAAGUGUGUAAUGAAGAUUACACAAAGAACAGUUGCAAGGACUGCAAACCUCUGGAUGGUUGGUGUACCGUGGGCGAUCAAGCUGGAUGUCCCUGUAGGGAGGAAUGUCCUGCGGAUGACAAGAAGCCCGAUUGCUCAGCCGAUGACUGCAAAGGAGAGAAGGGGUCGUGUACUGUUGGCCACUACAAGGACUGCAAAUGUAAGGCAGAAUGCCCUAAGCCGGAGAAGGAGGUGCUAGUUUGCAGUGAUGAUACUUGCAAAGGAAAAGAUAACAAAUGCACAACUGGCACGAACGAGGGCUGUGAAUGCUAUGAGCUUACGUCGGAAAUCUACACCUUAGGGACAAAGUCCGAGGUUGAAAGCUUUGAGAAGGUUUUAACCAAAUUGGUUGAUAGCAUGAAGAAACAGGACGAGGAGGCUGAGAAGCCGAAAGACCCAGAAGUCAAAUGUUCUAGCACUGACUACAGCAAGGCCGUCUCAGUCGAUGUCUCGUUUAUGAGCAAGCUGGCCGACAAGUUCUGCAGCGGGGAUACGAGCAAGAAGCGCAGUCAGGACCUGACAGCCAAAGAUGUGUCGUCCUCUGCUUAUAAGAACUACAAGUUCCACUUUGAGCUCGAUCCUGGGAAGAAUUGCAAGACUGACUGCAAAGCAGCCUUCAAGUCCAUGGCUGGUAAAUGCCAGGGCUAUGACAGCCAUUCCAUCCAGCCAGAAGCCAGCGCCAAGGUCGAUGACUGUAGUGCAAGCUUCAGCUACAAAAUUACUGUACCCGACAAGCCUAAGCCAAAGCCUGAUACAUUCACUCAGCACGGGCUUCAAGAAAGGAAAUGCCACACAGCAGAUCAGUUUGGAUCACAUGGAGAUGUUCGCGGUAGUGAGAUCAGUAUGGCAGCUACUGGCUGUGCUGGAAUUUCCGACGACAAGGCCAAGUUGAAGGCAGGUUCGGAUCCAAUUGAGUUAAAGUCGACGUACGGAAGCACUAAGUUUAAGUUUACCAUGUCCUGGAUUGAGAACUGCGAGGGAGACGAGCAAGAUGCACGGUAUCCUUUUGGAGGGGCGCAUAAUCUUGGGAACACCUGUUGGCAGCUUUUAUUGGAUGAUUGGCAGAAGUGCAACAAUGGGGGUGCUGGUGGCUCCAUCGAUUAUAGCUGUGUGAGAUAUGACUUUAGGCCUUCAUUUGAUUAG